UUUUUCUAAUGUAAUUUGUAUGUAAUAAUUAAAAACUUCAGUAUGCUGCUAAUUGCAUAAAUUAAAGGUAAAGUUCGUCAUAAUUUGUAUAUAUUUUUUGUAAAUAAUAUUAUUAUGUAUUAUUUGGGAUAGGUACAUUCAAAUAUUUAAAACCAUGGCAUUGCAUUUACAAGAAUUAGAUAUAAUUAUUUUAAUUAAAAUCAAUGUUCCUUAUCGAUUAUAAUUUCUUUAUUCUUUAUUUCUAAUGCUGUAGUUUUAAAAUUAUUUGUUAAUGAUGCAAUCAAAGUAGUUUAGGUAUAUAUUUGAUACAUUUUACAUAAUAUAUAAGUAAAUAUUUUUGCUGCCACAUUGAGUAAAAGAAAUUAAGUAAACUUAAAAUUAUGGUAAUUUUAGAAAUUAUCAUAAUUGUAGGAAUAUGAUUUUUAUUAAACCAUCAGUGUAUUUGUAAAAGUUAAGGUUUUUUUUUUUUAAUAGCUAACACUUAUCCAUAAUUAUAAUUUUUAAUUUUUUCAAUUUUGUUAUCCUUUAUACUAUGAAAUGUCUAUUUGUUUUUAACUUUAGAUUCGUUAAAGUAUUUAAAACAUUUGUUAAUAUUAUAAAAUAAAUUGUGUUACUUUUAGAUCGAUUGUGUAAAUUCUUUAAAAUGCCUAUUGUCUUCAUCUUUAAUAAAUAUUUUGUACAUUUACUAUUUUUAUUGGAUGAUAAUUGUAUAAUUAUAAUAUUUUAUGAAAAUUAUUUUUUAAAAGUACUAAAUAAUCUCAUUUUAUGUAUAGUUUACAUAAUAUUUGAUUGUUUAUUAAAUAGAUACCUACCAUUAUAAAUUUUAUUUUAAUAUUUUUUUAAUAUUAUCACCAAGGGUCAUUUCAUUUUUAAUAUUAUUUUUGUUACUUGUUAUUAUUCAAUUAUUUUAUCAAAAUAGGAAUAUUAUAAUUAAGGUUAGAAUAUCAUAUAAUUGAGGUGUUCAGUAUUAAAAUUUGUUAUAAGGAGAUUUUUUUUCAUUUUGAACUGAACAUCACAUAUAAGAUGGAUGAUUUUGAAACCAACUCAUUUUAUCCAACUAGAAUAUUUUUGAACAUUUAUUUGCUUAUAACUGAUUUUAAACUAGAUGCCUCAUUAAUGUGCCUUAGUUGUAUUACCAUGAUUAUCUAUAACAUUAUGAAAUUCAAUUAAAAAUUCCUUCCAUAAAUAUACCUUGCAAGUUUAAUUUAAAUCUUUGAUAAAAAAAAAAAAAAAAGUUCUCUUUAUCAUACAAUUAAACUGUAGUUUCUGACUAUAAAUAUGUAGGUUAUUUUUGUUUGUAUUUUUUUAGACAUGUAUAUUCAGAUCCAAAAUUGAUAAGUUACAUAAAGCACAAAUGACUAGUAGAGAAGAUGGGUUCUCAGUUUUGGGACAUAUUGCGCCAGGGAAUUUGGGCAUCGUUUACAGGAGGAUGGUACUACGAACCAAAACACAGUAUUUUUACCAAUACAUUCCAUCUAUAUUUGUGGAUCUUAUUAUUUUCUUUACCUUUUUUUAUACAUUUGGUAAUUUAUUAUUGUUUUUGUUUAAUUAUCCAAUUGUAUAUAACAAAUCUGUACUUUUGUUUUACAGUAUUUAUCAGAUAUGUUAAUAUGGAUCCUGUAUUCGAGUACUGUAAGUUUAAUAAUAACAAUUAUAAAACUUGUAAAUUGGUCUUUGCAUCAUAUGUUCGACACAACCGAAUACAUUGUAGAAGAAGACACCAAAAUGGAUAGCAAUAUAGAACUUGAAUGUCGUCGCCCUCCCAUUAAAGAACCGAAUAAGUAAUAUUCUGAGAAUAUAAACUAAUUUGUAUAUAAAAAUAUUAUAUUGGUUUAUAAUUUUAGGGAAGAAGAGGGCAUUGAAAUGCAAGUUCUCAGUGGAAGGGAAUGUACUGACAGAAAUGAACCAUCAACAUCUGGUGUAGUAUAUCAUCAAAAUGAACCAAGUAAAAUAUUAUAUGCUUUAAAGUAUUUGACUAGGAAAAAUAAAAACAUGUAAAUUAAAUUUGUAUAGCUGUUGAAAGACAAAGUAGUUCUACAAGUACUGAUUCUGGAUUGCAUCUCCAAGAAAAAAUCAAAGGUGAUUGGCCUAAUAAAAGUUUAAGUAUGUCAUAUCAACUAUUGGGUAAUCAAAAAAAAAAAAAAAUACAAUAAUCUCAGAUUUGUUAUAAAAAAAUAUAUAUAUAUAGUUAUAAAAGUAUUUGUAUUUACAUAAAUUUCUUUUUUCAAAAUGGUUACAAUUAAACUGUUGUAUAUUUUAGAUUAAUAAGAUUCUAAUAUGAUUCCUAAUUUUGGUACUACAGUAGUUUUGAAUUAUAUUUAUUUGAAUGUAGAUAAUCAAAGUUUUUUGGAAAAAACAAAAGAUGGAGUUAGAAGUAGACGUUAUGGCCGUGGAGAUUUACAAAGUUUUUCAGAAAUAUGGAAAUAUCAAGAUGACCGGGGACAAGAUUUCAUUACAGUUUCUACGGUCAGUUUAAAUUAAAAAUAUUGUAUGAUUUAUAAUAGUUUACAGAAAUAAUUAUUCAAUACAUUUAUUUAAAUAGGACUGCUUUACCAAUGAAAAUAACCAUUUGGCAUUCAAAAGAGAUCCAAAAUGUACUAGUUCAGACUAUUCAAAUUCUUGUGAUGCUUUUACUAAAGAUAAAGGUAUAAAUAACUUGUCUACAUCCAUUGUAUUCGGAUUAAUAUAAAUAAAUUUUAAUAUCAGAAGUAGGAAGAACAUCCAGUUAUCAACUUGUAUUUACGUCAAGUGAUAUUGAUUACCCAAUUGUUGAGCACUGUGAAGAGCAUUGUUCUAGUCGUGGUAUUAUACACACUACAAUUGAUAGCGAUGAUGAUGAUGAAGCUGGCAGUAGAUCACCUUUAUUAAAUAGUCAUGAAGAUAAUUGGAAAAAAAUAUGUGCCGAAGUUAAAGGAGUUUUAAAAGCUGACAGUGAUGUUGAAGUAGCAUUUAUAGAAGAUAAUAAACCCAAAGGUAUGUUAUCAUUAUUAAUUUGAAAUUUAUGUUAUAUAUAUAUAUAUAUUAAUUUAACCAUUAGUACAAAAUAUUUUCUAGCAAAUCUGAUUUACAUGAUGUACAUUGUUUUUUUUUAUUUAUUUAGAAAUUGAACUAAAACCUUCCCUGGAAUCACCAGAAACUUUAGGUAUUGAAUGGCUAUUUGAACAUACUGAAAGUGAAUCUGAAUCUAGUGAUAUUAAAGGUAAUUGUAUACAUUUAAAACUUAAUUAUUUAGUUUCAUUAUUCAUAUUCUGUACAAAAAUAUAAAUCAAAAUGUUUAACACGCUGCAUAAAGUAAGACAAAUGGAAAAAAAUAGAUCAAGACCCUGGUACUUUACAUUGUCUGAUGAUGACUAUACCACUACAUCUGAAGAUAACAAUUCUAGUGAGUGUACAAGCACGCACAAAGGGUUUAUUAUAUUACAUUAUUUCUACUUCAUCAUUAUUAAUACAAUUAUUUUAAUAUUUUUAAAUUUAUAUGAGAUUAGAAAUUUAAUUUAUUGUAGGAAAUAAAUCUGAAUCAAAAGAUGGAAGUAAAGAAGAAAUUCCAGCUCCAUUAUCAGUUGGAUUUGAAACCAUUGGUGCUGUGUCAAAAAUAAAAUCUGUUAAAGAUGGUGAGGUUCAUUUAAUAUUCACAUUUUUAAUUUUGUCGUUUUAUUUAUAUUUAAACUAUAUAUAUAUAUAUACUCUAUCCAAAAUAAGAAUAGUAGUCUGCGGCCAAAUUGUAUCCAUGGGCGUGGGCUUCACUGUGCAAGCGAAGCAUUGACUCUGGCGUCCCUGAGAGCGUUAUUAGUAUAUAAUUAAUUGUCGACUAGCUCAAAUAACUUAAAAUGCAUUGUGUAGGUAUCUACUAUGACAUCACAUGUGAUGCGUCACUGUUGCUAUCUAUUUGUGGUCUGAGUAUUAAAUUGAAUAAUAAACUAUUAAUAACGCAAAAAAUAUAAUUAAAAUAAUUCUAAAAAGCCUAAAACUUAUCCGUCAAAUAAGUUAUUUAAAGAUUUUAAUGUACUUAUUAUGUAACAUUUAAACUAUAGCAAACCCCUCUAUUACAUAAUAUUCAAACUUAAAACAAUAAAUUAUAUGUACAAUAACUACAUGUUUCGAACACAAUCUAAUAAUAGCCCAAACAGACUAGUAAAGUAAGUCAAUAUUUUGUGCCAUGUGGACUCAAAUUACUAAGUAAAGCACCCUAUCAUUUAAAAAACUUGUUAAGUCCUUAUACUUAUUUAAGAUAUUACCAAUACAAUUGUUACCUGUAUAUAUGUUACUCUAAUUAAGUACCGUACAAUAAAUUUAGCAUUUGGUUUAGAAUUAUAUACGUUUUUAUAUUUUAUUUAUUUGGGAAAAAUCUCGUUGAAUUUAUAUUUAAUAAAAUAAAAAACAGUGUACUCCUUUUUUUUUAUUCCUUUAUUCAUAUUUUACUCAACAUUUAUAUUAAGUUAUUUAUUUCUUUUUUAGCCAAAAAUGUAUCUAGAUUUUAAUCAAUUACAUAUACUAAUAUCAAUCGUUAUGUAUAUUUUUAUUAUUAUUAUUAUUAUUAUUAUUAUUAUUAUUAUUAUUAUUAUUAUUAUUAUUUACAUAUAUUUGUAGCUCAGAUUAUUUUCUUGUGUAUUACCAAUAGAGGUUUCCUUAGUGGUGAACAUAGCAAAAAUUAUUUUAAUAAAGAAUUUUAAAUAAAAGUAUAUAAUCGUAACUUUGACAAAAAAAUAAAUUAUUAUUAUUAUAUUAUAUUUUUGCUGAAUUGAUAUUAUUAAAGUUAUUAAAUUAUGUUGUUUUAGCAAAAAAAACAAAUAAAAAGAGAAAAGCAACUUCAACUCCUCACCUGAGUGUUAAAAAUGAUUCGGAUAGAAAAAGACACCGUAGAAUUAAUAAAAACAAAUCAAAUGGUAAUAAUUUUUUCUUAGUACAAAAUCAACUUUCUGUUUAUCAAUAAUGUUAUUUCAAAAUUACAAAAGCAAUAUUAUAAUUUUAUCUAUUAAUUACUCUCUGCAGAGGUCUUAUUGUGUUUUACUAUUUAAAAACAAAUGGUAAAAAAUAUGUACCUAUUAUUAAAAAUAUUGUCAUAAUGUAUUUAUGCUGUACAAUUGACAUUAGAUUGGUUUAAUUUUAAUAUAAAUUUAAAGCGAUCAUUACAUUAUUUUGAUUUAUUUAUAUUUAUAUUUUGUAACAUAAUCAAUAUUUAUUUAAACAGAAUCUAGAAGAUGUAUGUGCGAUAAGAUUAAAAGUGAUAUGGAUUGUGGUACAGAAUCUAAAAGUUAUCCAACAGUAACUGAUGAAUGGAUUGCCAACAGCACACUCAGUAGACCUGAUGCGUGAGUUUUACUCUACAAAUAUCUUUAGAUAUUUAUUAACUAUUACGGAGAAUCAGAAUGAAAUUUGUUGUGCCAUGGAAACAUUUUUAUAGUUUAAUUAACUUAAAAUUAUAAAAUAACCUUUGUAAUAAAUUUAAAAUAAAUGAUAUUACCUACCAUUUAUUAAUUUUUAAAUUAAUUUUUUUAUUUUAUUGUGCUAUAUGAUUAAUCAAAUAUUCAAGCAUUUUAUUUUUAAUUAAAAAUUAGUUUAAUAAAGAAUAAGUAUAAAGUAUACAUAUAAUUGAAAUUUGAUAUGUUACUAAAAAAUAUAAAUUUAAAAUCACAUUUAUAUAGCUCAGAAUAUAUUAAAUUGGAUAGUUAAAUAAACUGAAUAGUAUAAAAUAAAGGUUAAUAAAUUUGGUUGUAAUUGAUAAAUUACAGAAUGACUACAUUAAAUGUGAAUGAAGGUGCAUCAUCAUCUGCUGGUUCUCAUAACGAACUUAGUUCUCUUCUGCCAACAAGUUCAGAACCAGCUAUUAAUCCAACAGCUGAAAUUCAACAAAAUCAAACUUUGAUUACAGUGAAAAAUGAAGUUGCAAUAGAUCAUAUUGGUGAUGUUCUUCAUGGCCGAGGAAGAAAUAGAGGUCGAAUAAGACAUCAACAUGCCAGGUACUGUUAUCUUCAUGUAUUUAAACUGUUUAAAAUAAUAAUUUAUUGUUACUAGAACUGAUCGCCGUAUAAGAUCUCGUGAUCCAAAUUGUGACAGUGUUAAUUUUUCUGCUUGUCCUGAAGAUACAUCAGAAGGGUUAGUAUAGAAAAUAUUUUUGUACAUAUAACUAAUGAGUAAAAUAAUGUUAAAUUUAUUUAUAAUAUAGAUCUGUACAUUUCUUUCGUGAUGAAAAUGGUCAUUGGAUGACUUAUACUUUUCGAGAUAUGUUAAAUAACAAUUCUUCGAUAAUUAAAUCAUUCCCAUCAACAUCUCGGCAGGAUGAUUCUAUAGAUGAUCUCGUUUUUAAUCACUCACCUGUAAGAUAUCCCUUUCCCCCUCGUCCUAGUUAUCAACAACAAUUAGAACAUGAAGAAGCAUUUUGGUUACAAAAUCAACCACACCGUUACCGACAUUUCAACAUAUCACCAAUUAUAACACCGGUUGAAGAAAGCUUGGAACAUGAACAUGAAAUUACAACAGAUUAUCAAGAUGAAUUUCCAGCAAUACAACGACAGCUACGAUUUGAUCUUCUCGAUCCUAACAUUGGAAUGCUAAAACCCAAACGAUAUUAUCCAUACAAACCGGUUAAGAAAAUGUGUUUUAAAAUUCGCUUUGAUCGUCUUGCAUUGUUAACUGCUAUUGAUCGAAAUUUAACAUUACUGGAAUUAUUUAUUACCAUUAUUCUUGCCACAUUAGUUGCAGUUCUGGGUGCCUCAGUGUUGUACUACCAAUUCUAUAGAGAUGUUCAUGCAAUUGUUUUUUGUUUUGUUAUGGCUGGUUGUCAAUAUUCCUUAGUGAAAUCUGUACAACCAGAUGUGGCAUCUCCUACACACGGUUUUAACAAAAUCGUAGUUUAUAGUCGCCCAGUGUACUUUAUAUUAUUUUCAGCCAUACUUCUUUUAACACACAUUCAACUGACCUCUGGUCGAACAUUUUACCAGAUAAAAUUUUAUGGAUUUACUUUACAUAUAUUAUAUAUAUUAGAAACUUUACGUGAUUUUUUCUCAAAAUUUUUACUAUUCUUACCUAUUGCUUUUAGUUUGGGAUUAUUGCCUCAAGUAAACACUUUUUUUAUGUAUACCUUAGAACAAAUAGAUAUACAUUUAUUUGGUGGCAAUGCAACUAGUUCACUUAAAGCAUCUGCUUAUUGUGUUCUACGAAGUUGUUUUGCUGUGUCUAUUUUAUAUGGAAUUGCGUACGUGGCAUUAAACGAAUGGUCUGGAUCAUCGAGAAAUGUGUUUUUCUCCUUGUACUGUGCACUUCUCACUGCCUUUGCCUACCAUUUAAGUCGCAGCUCCAGUGAUCCAGCUCCUAUAUUAAAUGUUUUGAAAACUUAUUUAUGGCCCAAUGAAGAUAUAUUUUCAAGACCUGAUGUGGAAUGUCCUAAACCUAGAAAAGAAACAGAAAAAUCAAAGAAAAAGGGCUCUGAACAAAAGGAAGGCGAGUGUGAAGAGCAAUCUAAGUCUGGUAUAUAGAAUAUUUUACAAUAAUUAGUACUAAAAAUUAUAAUAAACCUUUAAAAUCUUGGAAUUAACAAUGUGUUUAUUAUGUAUUUGAUAUUUGAUCAUAUUUAGAAUUGGACGACGAAAUUGAAAUACAAGAUAAUUGGCCAAAACAAUUGCAAGACACAAUAAAUGCAAGGCUGAAGACUGAUUUAAUUUUUUGUCCAAUUAUUAGUCUUAUUGUUUUUGCUAUUCAUUCCAGCAAUAUUUUUUCUGCUCUUCAACCUGAACUAAAUCCAGUAAGCAAAUAGUUUUUGACAAUUAACUAAAAAAUAAAUAUAGAGAAGAACAUAAUAUUGACAUCUAUAAACUAUUUUAUAUUAGGCUAAUUAGUAAUUAAUAAUUUAUAGGUAAUGUGGUGUACAACUUUCAGUGUUGGAUUUAUCUUACAUUACAUAAUCCCUCAAUUAAGAAAACAAUUGCCUUGGUUGUGUAUUGCUCAUCCUGUAUUAAAACCAUCAGAGUAUAAUCAAUAUGAGGUUAAGCAAUUGGCUAAAAUUAUGUGGUUUGAAAAAGUAAGUAUUAAUAAAAAUGAAUACAUAUAAAAAUGAUUUUAAUGUUUACUUAGUAAUCUUUGAAAUAUUAUAGAUUUAUGUAUACUUGUGCUUCUUUGAACGAAAUGUUCUUUAUCCAUUGAUGUUUAUUGGCUGUUUGACAUCUGACAGUGUUAUUGUUGUAAAUAAAUUGGGAGUUCUCUUAGGUUCUUUAGUAUUGUCUAUAUGUGCACUUAAAUGUUUACGAUGUUCAUUUUCUCAACAAUCAAAUCAGUAUAAUAUACUAGCGUUUGCAGUAUUAUUUUUUCAACUAGACUAUGUAAAAUGUUCUGAAACUUUUAUUAUUGACUACUACCUUACUGCCAUUGCCUACGAUAAAAUCUUCGAGUUUUUACUUAAGGUGAUUCAUUGUAGUCAAUUAUUUUAUAUCAGUUGUUUGUACAAACUAACUUUUUUUUUUUUUUUUUUUUCUAUAUAUAUAAUGUGAAAUAGUUGCAAUUUAUAAUUACUUACAUAGCUCCAUGGCAAAUUACUUGGGGUUCAGCAUUUCAUGCUUUUGCACAACCAUUUUCUGUUCCUCAUUCUGCAAUGAUGUUUCUUCAAGCAUUUUUAUCUGCAGUGGUUUCUUCACCACUGUAUCCGUUUUUAGGUAUGUAAAUAAUAGUAAAUUUAAUUUAAAAAAAAAAUAUUCAUUAUUUAUAUUAUGUUUAGGAAGUGCUAUUUUUUUAACAUCUUAUCCAAGACCCGUAAAGUUUUGGGAACGAGAUUAUAACACAAGAAGAGUUGAUCAUACAAAUACUAAAUUAUCGUCGCAUUUAGAAAGAAACCUUGGUGCUGAUGACAAUAAUCUAAAUUCAAUAUUUUACGAACACCUUACUCGACUACUACAAAAUACACUUUGUGGGGAUCUUGUAUUGGGCCGCUGGGGGAAUGUGUCACAAGGUGACUGUUUCGUCUUAGCAUCUGAUUAUUUGAAUUGUCUCGUGCAUAUUGUUGAAAUGGGAAACAAUUUAGUUACUUUCCAAAUUCGUGGACUUGAGUUUCGAGGAACUUACUGUCAGCAAAGAGAAGUAGAAGCUAUAUCUGAAGGUGUUGAAGAUAAUGAAGGUAUGAACUAAAAUGAACUAAAAAAAUGUAUCUAUAAUUAAUAACUAUACAUAUUUUGUUUAUAACUUUUAUUUUGCCCUUUUUAAAAUGUGAUACCAAAUUUAGUUAUAUUAAAGAAAGCCAAGUCCUUUAAAAACAUACAAUUGCAUUUACGAAAAAUAAAAAAUAAUUUAUUUAUUCAAAGACAGAUACGUGCUUUAGUUACAUGUUAUACGUAAUGCAUGAAAUCUAAAAAAAUUUUAAAUCUAUUAAUAUUAUUUUUAAUGCUUGUCAUUUAUCAUGACAUGCAUCAUUAUCAUUAAGUAUCAUCAGUAUCAUUAUCAUGCAUGGUCUUAUGUGCAUAAAAUUGUGAAAUGAUAAUCCAUACAGUGCUUUUAGACCCAAUUAUUAUUUAAGGAUGUUGUUGUUGUGAACCUGGACAUUUUCCUCACAUAUUAUCUCUAAAUGCUGCACUUGGACAGCGUUGGCUUGCUUGGCAAGUAGUAGCAGCCAAAUAUGUUGUACAAGGAUACAAUAUAUCGGAUAUAAAUGCUUCAUCAAUGUUACAAGUAUUUGAUUUUCGGAAAGUAUUGGUUAGCUAUUAUAUAAAGGUAAAUUUCUAGAAAUCGCUUAAAUAUUUUAUUUUGUGUAAUAUUUAUAUAAUUUUAAUAUUUUUGAUUUAGAGUAUUAUAUAUUAUGCUAUAAGAUCGCCAAAACUACAACAGUGGUUAGCAUCAGAUGAGAUAAAAGAAGGACUUAAGCCAACAUUGGACAAAAGUUUUAUAGAUCUUGAUCCAGUUUUUAAUAUAAAUAUUGAUGAAGAUUAUGAUUUGCUUUCCUGUGGUGUUACUCGAAAUAGUUUUUGUCAAUACUACUUAGAGUGGAUUCGAUUUUGUGCAUUUCAAACUGAAAAUGUAUGUUUAAAAUAAUAUUAAUCACAUUUUUUUUACCAGUAAGAAACUUCAAGUGUUACCACAUUUAUUUUUAUACCUUAUUUAUAGAUUAGAAAAAUUGUAAUAGAGAAAGGAAAAGAUUCCUUAUUGGUGUCAUUGUGCUUUGCGCUAAGCUUAUUGGGAAGACGAUCACUGGGUUUAGCAUCCCACACUACUAUGUCGAGGUAUGUUACAUAUAAUAAUCAAUAUUAAUCAUCAAACAAUAGGUUUAAAUAUACUUACUAAUAUAUAUAUUUAUUUAAUAAUUACUAGUGUCGAAUUUUUCCUGUAUGGUCUCCAUGCCCUUUUUAAAGGAGAUUUCCGAAUUACAUCAGCAAGAGAUGAAUGGAUAUUUACAGACAUGGACUUAAUGCGUAAAGUAUUGGCGCCAGCAAUAAGGAUGUCUCUGAAGCUUCAUCAAGUAUAUUUUAUUUAUUUAUACAAACAUUAUGCAAAUUAAAUCAAUUACUGUUUUAAUAAUAUGCAGAAUCAUUUUAUGGUACCUGAUGAGUACGAAGAUCCAGCUGCUUUAUACAAUGCUAUAAACGACCAUCAAAGAAAUAUAGUUAUAUCACAUGAAGGUGAUCCAGUGUGGAGAAAUGCGGUUUUGUCAGGAAUGCCAUCGUUACUUGCUUUAAGGUAAAGACACAAGAAAUAUUCUAAAGCCAUAGAAACUGUAUUAUAUUUCAAAUGUUUAGUUCUUGUCGAUUUAACUGGAAUUUCAUAAAUGUGUAUAAAAUUAAUUUUUACCCAGUGUAAACCAUGUUUAAGAGAACAUGAUACCAGUAUGUUUUGUCUACAUCUUCCAAAUACACAAUAUACCAAAGUUGUGUACAACCAGGACCAAUUUUAUUAUUGUUGUUAAUCUUAAUUUUGAAGUGGAUUGACCUAUUAUCAAAUUUAAAAGCAAUAAUGUUUUCUGUGUUUUGUAGAUCCAUUAUUUUUAUAUUUUAUUUUUUAGAUGAGGCAUAAGUAUAAAAUAUUACAAUUGAAAAGUUUAAAUAUAAAAAAACUGACCUACAAAACAGAUAAUUUUCUUACCUUUAAAUUUUAUGAUAAGUCAAUUCAAUUUAACCAUAAAAACUAACCUAACCUAACUACACAAAAUUGGUCCUACUGAAUGCAAAUAUGCUAUGCUUUACGUCUGGCCAGCAUGAUAUCCUCUUAAAAUUGAAGGUAAAAUAAUAAACUAUUUUAUAUUUAAUAGACAUAUAAUGGAUGAAGGUUCAGACGAGUAUAAAGUAAUUAUGUUGAACAAACGGUUCUUAAGUUUUCGUGUUAUAAAAAUUAACCGUGAAUGUGUCCGAGGCCUUUGGGCGGGACAGCAACAAGAACUCGUGUAUCUUAGAAAUCGUAAUCCUGAACGUGGAAGUAUACAAAACGCUAAACAAGCUUUACGCAACAUCAUCAAUUCAUCAUGUGACCAACCCAUCGGUUAUCCAAUUUUUGUCUCUCCAUUGACUACUUCCUAUGCUGAGACAAACGAACAGUUAUCAUCGCUUGUAGGUGGUUCAAUUAGUAUGGGAAAAAUUAAAAAAACUAUUGUCAGUGUGUGGUCAAGGUAAAGUUUUAGUACUAAUAUUUAUACAAAUUGUAAUUAAUGAAUAUUGAUUUACUAGAUUAAAAAUUAGAUGCGUCGAAGGUUGUUCGAGUGGCAGUUCAUUGCAGUCACAUGAUGAAGGUGGAUUUGGACACGAGGGUGUGUAUGCCAUGACACAGUUCAAUAGGCAUUCCGCAUAUGGUACUAGAACACCAGGAAGUCAGUCAAUAGAAAUGAGUGGAAGUGGUAGUGGUGUAGGUGGUAGUAUCAGUAGUAGAAGUGGUGGUACAAGAGGUAGUACAGCUAAUGUAGCCGGUAAACCUAGUUCUGCAGGUUUAGCCAACUUGGCUGGAUUAUUGUCACAGUCCCCAAUUACAAAUUCGCCACAAACAUCAGUUGACAGUAACCCAAAUGAUAAUUCUCCAAUCCAACAUAGAGUCUUGGUGAGUUUACAACACUUUCACUGUAUUUAGAUGUUUAUAAAAAAAAUCAAUAACUUAAACUAAUUAAUUUCAUUUGUAAUAGAUUUUAGAUCCAUUACAAGUGUAUGAUGCAAUAAACUUGGGUCGAAGAAUAGAUGUGGUGUGGCCCGAUGAGAUAAUGAGAAUAAGAGGUGGUCGAAAUCAUUGGAAAGAUUGGUUACCAGAAAAAGGAAUGGAAGGAUUGGUAAUUAUUUAUAAUAAUAUCGAGGAGUGUUGGAAAAUGAGUUUGUAAUAUUUUUUUUUAGGUAGUACACCAAUGGAUUCCAAAUCACCGUGAUUUGUCUAAGCGGUCUCAUGUAGAUAAAACUAUAUUACUGAUCAAGAUCGAUGAACGGUAUGUUCCCAUAGCUGAAGCAGGCGUUUUAGAUUUAGGAGCAGAAGUGUGAAUUUGGUGUGUUAAUUAGUAUUUAACAAUAUUAUAUAAUACAGACUGAUUUAUUUUGAAGGGUGUGAUAAAACUCAAGCGUGUUAUGAUUAUACAUUGCUUAAUGAUAGGAUUUUAGUCUUCCUCAAUACUACAAAAAAGUAUUGUACUCCCUCUUGUUGAUAAUAUAAAUGUAUAUUUUUCUUGGUGAAACUGCUUGUACAUUUUACAUUUAAUAGUUAUGAAUCUACUUCAUAAACAUUUUUUUAUUUUGAUUGUAUUUUUUUAUAUAUAUAUAUAUAUAUAUAUAUAUAGGUACAUAUAUAAUGUUUUGUAUUCUGUAUAUAAUAUAUGUACAAAUAAUGUGUACUUUUUAAACGUUAGAUAAAAAUGUUCCUCGUUUAAAUUAUCAUUAUUUUGUGAUGCAAAUAUUUGUUAUUAACAUACAUAUUUGAACAAAUUAUAAUAUUAUAAUAACUAUGUUAAACUGUUGUUUUAAUCACAUAAUAAUAUUAUUAAUCUUAUUAAAACUUCAUACUUAAAAAUAAUCUUUCUGUCAUACAACUGUGCGACAUAACAAAUUUCUGUUCAUCAAGGACAAAUCUAUGCUAUCAAGUAUUAAUUCAGUCGUAUUGUACACUUGUGUCAUUCCAAUAUUUUGUUAGCACUGUUUUGUACAUAAAAGCAGAAUUAUCCAGUAUUUUCCAAGUUCAACUUUAUCCCUAUCACAGUUAAUAGUUGUUGCUAGGUGAUAUUUAUCUUCAAAAAAGGGAACUUCCUUGUCUGUGUAAAAUUAAAUAAAUUUAAAUACUGUUUUUUUUCUUAUCACCAAGAUUUAAAGUGGAUAGUGCAAAGUUUAAACUGUGUGUUUAUACCUCAGUUUAUCAUUUUAUACAUGUAGGCCAUAUGGAAAAUUAGUCUUUUUGCCUAAAGACUAGAUUCUUUGCGAUAGGGUAGCAAACUACUUGUUAGUUUUUUCAAAUAGCUGGCAGUUUUUCAAGGUUAUUGCAGACAGACUAAUAGCAGUUAGGGCUUUUAAGAACUACAAUUAUUACAUUCCUAGUAAUUUUAUUGUAAUUUAUUACUUUUACAAAAAAAGAACAAAAGCAUUAUAAUAUGUAAACUGUAUAAAUACUUAUUAUAUUUAUUUAGUGAAAUUAAUAUUUAAGUACCAACCUACAUUACAACUGGUUAUCUUAAAGAUUUAGAUAUGGAUUGCCGACAUAUAAAACGUGAUGUAAUCUGCAAGUUUAUGACUAAUCAGUAGAUAAGAUUGUAACUAAACUACAUUAAAAUUGGUUAUGUAUUUAUACAUAACCUGUCUUCACCAACAGUUAUCUCCUGAAACCUGGAGAGAGCCUGGGCAAGUCAAUCAAUGACCCAUCAAGCUUUAGACCGUUUAGUCUACUAAAUACCACCGGCAAAUUAUUAGAGAGGCUACUACUGGCGUAUCUCAAUGCUCAUUUGGUUGACGAAACAAAUGGGAUCAAUGAAAGGCAGUUUGGGUUUUUACAAAAGGACGGUCCAAUGCAAUUAGGUGCAUGUUGGAUUGUGUAAAGGAGGCAGCAAGACCGAACCAUUCAAUGUAGGAAACUCUGUGUUAUGGUGUUUCUUGAUAUGAGAAAAGCAUAGAUAAAAUAGAUUAAUAUGAGUUUAAUCCAGGGAUGGUUCUAGGACUCAAAUUUCGUAUGGACAUCGCUAGUGGUUCCAGUGUUUAUGUGUUAAUGCUCAUGUUCAAAAAUGGGGAGAAAAAGUGGGAUAUGUAUAUAUAAUAUACAUAAUAUUUUACACCCUCCUUCCUCCCCUGUAUAUCAACGGCAUAGAGUAAAAACUCAUUAACCGUAAAAAACUAUUUUUAAAAACUGACAUUUUACAUAUCUAAUUCUAAAGGGACAUUUUGGAUUCUGAGUGGUGUAGAAGCUUAUGGUUUUACAAAGAUGUUUAUUUAUUUCUUUUUCUGUGGACAACUUUCCUUCUAGCAAUUUUAAUCCGAUUUACAAUACCAUUUUUCCUGAAAGAAAAUCUGACUGGGAAGGUAUUUUAGGGAGGUUUUUUUUGUUUUUUCCAGGAGUUUUCACAAUAAAUAAUUAAAUAUUAAACAAAUAUUAUUUAAGAAAAUUUAUGUCUAUUUAAUUAUUUUACUAUAAUAUGAAAUUUAAUGUUGACAAAGCAACACUAUCAACUGAACUCCACUGAGAAUCGUUUUUUUGUUAGCAAUGGAUUUAUCGUUGCUUACAGAUACAAAUUAAUUUCCUCUCUACAUAUAUCCUACAUUCCCAACUAACCAACAAAAGUGGCAGCACCCAUCGUGUGAAGUAUAUCGGUCUUUUUUUUUUUGUGUAUUUGUCUAUAUUUUAGUGAAAUAAUAAUUCUAAUGUGAAGUAAACAAACAGAUUUUUUAAAAUUAAUUUUAAAAAAAUAUAAAAUGUUAAGCGAAUAAAAAUUGUUUGUUUUUCGACAAAAUAGUAAUUUUCAUAAUUUAUUUAUCGCUUAACAUUUUACAUUCCAUCAAAUUAUAUUUUCUCGUUUGGUGUUAAUAAACUCUAUAAUGUUCGGAAAGCGAUUUUUGUGAAGAAAUGCAAUCGCCUUUUCCGAUAGAAAGUUUAAAAUAUAGUUCAAUUACUUAAUACUUAAUGCCGUUUGUUUACUGAAUAAUAGGCGGGAGAUGCUAGGAGCACAGUUCGCUAAUCAAAGGUCCGUAUACUUUAGCCAAUUGAUAAAAUAGAGUUUUAUUAAUUGUUAACAGGGUGCACUACGGGGAAGCGUAUACGGGGCGCUCCCCAUCUAGCUGGUACUUCCUGGGGAGCAGCAAUGCUCACAUUGAGAACGUCGGCCUUAGCGCUAGUCUACUCUGCUGCAGAGUAUGCUUCUCCAGUGUGGAUAAAUAGUUCGCAUUGUUACAAGAUCGAUGUUCAACUUAAUCAUUCUAUGCGCAUUAUCUCUGGUAUUGUUAAAUCGACUGCGACAGAAUAGCUCCCAGUUCUCUGCAACAUGCUACCACCAUAUAUCCGGCGAAAAAUGCUGCAUGCAGAGAAUGGUCUAAAUAUUUAUCAAACACAUCACAUCCUAUCCAUUACAUCAAGACACUUCAAACCAGAACCUUAGACUGAAAUCUAGAAAACCUGCUUAUCUAAUUUCAAAAAACUCAUUGAAAACCGGUAUGAUGGUAUGGAUCAAUGGAAACUAAAAUAGCAGAAUUCCAGCAUAGAUAACUGUAGCCUAAUUAAGAGCCUAGAUAUCCCAGUCCCUGGAUAACAUCUAGUACGCCACGAGUGGGUAAUACUAAAUCGACUACGCACAGGACAUGGUCGCUCCGGAGAGAUGCUACAUAAAUGGAAAAUAAGAUUGUCCAGACUUAGACUGCGGCCACUCUUUACAGUCCAUCUCUCACAUAAUAAGUGAUUGCCUUCUCCGCGCCUUUAACGGGACAGUGGAAGAAAUCCACUAAGCCACCGAUAACGCGAUCAAAUGGGUAAGGACACUUGACAUCAAAAUUUAGACACCUUAACUGAUGACAACAUGGAAAAGUUACCCAUAGCAUUAAUUUUAAUGAUUAAUAUUGUUGUAUUGUUUCUGUGAAUUAUACAACUGUAUCUAGUUUGUAACGCUUGCAUGCCAUACCAUAUGAUAAAAAAAAAAAAACCUAAUGAUAGCAAUAUCAUAAUAACCUGUAAUAACACGUAUUGUCGAUAUUAAAUUU